AUGAAGCGCAAAGUACUGGGAGGACUCAACAUCAACGUUGACCUGGUGAAUGAUGAGCACAGCAAGGCCAAAAGGAUUGCCUUUGAUAUGAAUGAUACCACCUACCGACACGAUGGUUUUUCCAUUGGACAAGACUACCUGCGAUUGGAAGGAAAGACGAUAAGUCGAGGGGACUUACUUCCCAAAGCACUGGUCAUUGAUGAUCUGAUUGGUGAAGGUGCCUUUAGCCAGGUCCACAAGGGACUUUGGACGACCCAUAAGAAGAAGGGAACACACGAAAAACAAGUUCCUGUUGCAGUCAAGCAAUUUUCCGUGUUGGAUUCUUCAGAGCAACGGCAUGAUAUGCUCCUCAAAGAGAUUCGAGCUUUGUGUAAGGUUGAAUGCAAAUGUCUCGUGCAAUUCUUUGGAGCCUUCCUGGAAAAAGACGUGGUGACUCUAGUGUUAGAAUUCAUGGAUCGUGGCUCGGUGGAGCAACUAUUGAAAAGGAAAUCCAAUGGCUUGGGUGAAAACUUUGUGGCAUCUCUCACCUUUCAAAUGUUGUGGGGACUAUCCUACUUGCAUCAUGAAAAGAUCAUUCAUAGAGAUAUCAAACCCGGGAAUGUCUUGAUCCAUUCCACUGGUCAAAUCAAGCUAUGUGAUUUUGGAAUUGUGUCAUUGAGCGAACAAACUCUUUCUUCGACUGUGGUUGGAACUUCCAGAUACAUGGCACCAGAACGACUUCGUGCUCAACCAUAUGGUCGGUCGAGUGAUAUGUGGAGUGCUGGACUAGUCAUCUUGGAAUGUAUAACCGGAAAAUGUCGAUGGGGUGACUGCACAAGUAUCGUGUCCUUGUUGAUGACGGUCGAGGAAGCAUCGCCCGAGACCAUGGUUCCUGAUUCGAUAUCAUCAACGAAACUGAAGGAAAUGCUCCACUCUUGUCUAAAUCAAGACCCAGGAAAACGUAUACCUGCCAAGCUUCUAUUAAAGUCACCUUGGUUCCAAAAAGAUCACGAUAUUGCUACGUUGUCUGAUGCAAUCAAGGUAUCCAAGGAUUCCUACCCAUGCUGA